AUGGCCGCACCGUCCGAAGAUGAGACCAGCACAGGUCUGGAGGCUGAAAUCAACAUACUUCGAGAGCAAGUCGCGUCUUUGAAAAAACAGGUCAAAAUCCAAGCAACAAACCUCGUCAUCUCCGAUACAAUUCGACAACUGCUUCAAGAUGGCAGCGACAAGACCCCCUUCGUCCUGCGUGAGAAGCUGCUAGCGCGCUCCGAUGCACAAGCCGCUCACGACCAGCAAUCGCUCUACCGUAUGGGCGCCGCCGUGACGACCUUUAGGAUGCGCGAUCCGGACCCGAACGCCGUAGACAACGGCAAAGUGCUUGGUCUUCGCUUCGAGAUCAUGUCGAAAGCGCGUUUCCUGCGCCCCUACUACGUCCUCCUCCACCGUCCCUAUCCCGACUCUCGACACCUGCGCGUCCACAGACACACCGUCCCGCCGUGCAUCCACCUGAGUGGCCUCGCGGCGCGCCAUCUUCCUGCCCCGAACCCCGCCGACGCCGACGCCCCAACGACACAGGACCUGUCGCGCUUCGCCCGCACCCUGCGCCGCGAGAUCGUCCGGUACCACAACCGCGCCGCCGUCAUCGGCGAUCUCGGCAGAGCUGCCGCCGCCCGUCUCGACCGCGCCUCGGUGACCUCCGAAGCCGAUCGGAGCACGGCCCUCGUCGAUGUCCGUGCCGCUGACGCCCAAGCGAAGCAGGCCGAGCUCUGCUGGGCCGACGGCCGCACCGGACGCCUCGUCAUGGAUGACGACGGCCAGCUUGAGAAGCUGGUCGUUUUCCGCGACGAGACGCGCGACAGGGAGACGAUGCGCGCUUUGAGGGGAGACAGCCGACGCGUCGAGGAUAUUGCAAAGCGCAUGAAUGAGGAGAUCUACGAGCCGUCUUGA